ACCGGCAGAUGCUUCGCUCGCUCCAUUCAUUACAUUCGUGAACAGUCGCAUCCAAGCAACGAGCCCUCCCCUCCUGUUUCUCUCCGCCUGGAAAGAUGGCUGCUCCGGCGGUGGUGAGAAGCUCCGGCCCGGUGCUUUGCCCAAGCUUCGCGGAGGUCUGUUCGUUCCUGGAGCGAUACGGAGCGGCGCUAGACCUGCCGGAGAUGACUUUCCCGCAAAUGGAGAGGUAUCUGCGGGACACAACGACAGUUCCUAAACCUCUUGUGGAACUCCACGUGAAGCUGCUCAGAAAACUGGGGAGGACUGUGUCUUCUGACCGCUGGGAAAAAUACCUGGCCAAGGUUUGCCAGGAGUUGAACAAUACCUGGGCGUGGGAGCUGGAACACAAGGGCUACCAGGAGAUGUCCAUGGAGUGCAAGUCUAGCAUUCUAAAAUAUCUCUGUGAGUGUCAGUUUGACGACAACCUGAAGUUCAAGAUGGCAAUCAACGAGGAAGACCCAGAGAAGAUGCGUCUGCAGCCUAUAGGUCGUGAUCAGCAGGGCCUGAUGUACUGGCUUCAGCUGGACCAGGAGCAGAACAUCCGGCUGUACACAGAGGAGCAGGACGACUUGGAUGGAUCCACCUGGAAGUGCAUAGUCAGGACUCGUAAUGACCUGGCUGAAGCUCUGGAGCUGCUGAAGGCCCAGAUUGAUCCAAGCCACAAUCACAGUCAGGACCAAGACCAGAACCAGACUGGACCCAGGAGUGUCAGCCCCACGGAGAAGGAUGCAGGGGAUGAGGCUGUAGGGAGCACCGACCACAAACCCUCCAGGACCACACAGGACCGCACUCAUAGUAAGAAGCCUGACCCUGUAAAGGAAGAGAAACCCCUAAAACAAGUGGUAAAGCAGGAGCAGACACAGCCUGUCAAGCAGGAAAACACUGCAGAGGAGAAAGAAGAAAAGAUGGACCACAAACCGCCUGGUUUUGAUAACCGUGUGAGCACGAUCACUACCAUCAUCAAAUCAGAAUCCAGGGAUGCUGACACUCCCAAAAAUGCAGUGCCCAUCGUCAUGACACCAGGUGCGACUGUGACAAAACAGGAAAUGAACAGAGAAGAGGAAGCAGAGCGGGCAGUUGUCAGGAGCAACCAGCAGGCCAAGAUACCACUGAAGAAGAGGGAGCUUAAGCUUGCUGAGAGCUACCACAGCAAUCACCUCAACAACAACAGCAGUAGUAUUAUUGUUUGUAACCCGUCAGUAAUCCAUAGCAAGGACAGUCAUGGAAAAGAGGAGAGGAACGCAACCCUGUCAACGCCCCCUGGUGGUCCAUCUGCUUCUCAGCAGCAGCUGGUGGUUUCUGCUUCGAAGCAAGAAUUGACUAAUGGGAGAGCAUCUCUCUUUCUACCACAUAAGGAGGGACAAAAUGGAGUGAUAGGGGUCAUAGGUCAGCUGUCUGUUGUAGGUCAUGUUGGGGUUAUCCGGAGCCCUUCUGAACAUCACCGAGUCCCCGGUGCUGAGCAGCAGGAGCAAAAUGGGCCAAGUUUAGACCAUCAGGGCUCCAGAGCUACAGAGGAAGAGGGGGAGGUGAGCCGGCAAUCAGUGCUGGUAAGGAAGGGACCCGUCGAAGGGGUGAUGGCAGCGGCACCUGCCGCUCCUCCUCCUCAUGCACUGAUGGAAGCUCAGACAGCCAGAGAGCCACCACUGUCAUCUCUACAGUCUGAGCUCCCUGAAGCUGUAGAGACAGAACCAGAUUCUCUUGGUGUUUCUCUGCUGUCUCAGUCCACACAAGAGCCCAGGAGACAGACAGAGCAAGACCGGGGUAGAAAAACAACAGAGGGACAGUUAGACCGAGACACUGAGCACAGUGGUCACCAGCAGAAGGAUGGCGACCUGGACGAGAGAGAAGAGAGGAGGAGAGAAUUGUCUGUGUGCCCUGUGGCAGAGGAAGGAAGUAAAGGUGAUGAUGAAAAGAAUAAAAUCCCUUUAGGAAAGGUGGAGGCAGAGUCGGGGAGCACCAUUCCACCUCUAAAAAUAGACCAGACGGAUAAAAAAGACCACUGGGGAGAUGGAGUCAAUGGCAGGUUGGCAUCCCAGGUUAGGGUGAAGGACACCGGUCCUGGAUCAGAGGAGAGGAAGGGUCACCUGGAGGAAGCCUCCUCUGAGCUCCAGAAAGAAGGAAUCAGGUUGAAAAUAAAAAUUCCUCCCCAUCGGAGAAACAAGUUAAGGGCAAAAGGGCCAAAGGAGGAGGAGAAAGAGAGGGAGCAGGAUGUGCAGGAGGAAGGGAGGCCACUGAGGAGAUCUGCAAGGAUCUGCAGGCCGAGCUCAAAGGCGGCUGAGAGCCAGAGAAAGAAACCACAAAAAAAACAAGCUCUGGCUACUAGAACCAGGGAGGACGAUGAAGAGGAGGAGGAAGAAGAGGAAGAAGAUGAAGUGGAGCAGAGCUCUUCUACAAAGAAAGACAGAAAACCAGAAUCUGUUGGGCAAAUUAGGAAACGAAGGGGUAAACGGAGGGAUCGACGCCCACGAUGGUCUAAUGUUCGUUCGAAGAGACGCAAACUGAAUGAGAGAGGAGAGGUGGAUGACAGAGCGAGGAAACGAGAAGAGGAGAGUGAAAGAGGGAGCGAAUCCGAAGAAUCAUUUAAAUCAGAGGAGAUUCCCAGUGAGGAUGCCUGCACCCACUGUGGCCUCCCCAACCACCCCGAACUGAUCCUGCUGUGUGACUCCUGCGACAGCGGAUACCACACUGCCUGUCUGCGGCCGCCACUCAUGUUGAUUCCAGAUGGAGAGUGGUUCUGUCCGCCCUGCCAACAUAAGCUGCUGUGUGAGAAACUGGAGGAGCAGCUGCAGAAUCUGGACAGUGCUCUGAAGAAGAAAGAGAGAGCAGAGAGGAGGAGGGAGCGGCUGGUGUACGUGGGAAUCAGUGUGGAGAACAUCAUCCCUGAGGGAGAGGAGGAGGAGGAGGAGCAGGAGAAGUCGACAAAGAUGAAAGAUUCCAAAAAGAGCAAAAACCUGGGGAGGAGAUCGACCAGGACCCGGAAACGCAUCAGCUACAGGUUUGAUGACUUUGACGAUGCCAUUGAUGAAGCUAUCGAGGAGGACAUCGGGGACCUCUGUGGUGAACCAGGGCGAGGCAAAGACGUCACCGCCAUCUUGUCAGAGGAAGGAAAGGAGAGCCAGCGACCAAUCAGAAGCCGGGCUCAUCCUGCCAGGAACAGGAAGAAGCGACGACUGAAUGACCUGGAGAGUGACAGCACGGCGGCGGAGAGUGAAGACGAGUUCAUGCUCAGUAACAGCUCAGAGGACGAGGAUUUCGGUGCAUCAGGGGCAGACGACGAUGAGGAGGAAGAUGAAGAUGCAGGCAGUGACGUGGGCAGCUGGGACGGCGGGACUUGCCCCACACGGACUUUAAGAGGGGCGCCUAAACUCCGACCCAGCAGGACCCAGCGCCGGGGCAGGAAACGACUGAGACGGCGGAGACACUCCUCUGAGGAAGAUAGCGAGAAAGAGAUGGACUCGGAUCAGUUGAGUGACAUGAGUGACUGUGACAAAAAGAGGCGGGGUCUGAGGAGGGGCCAGCGCCAGCAAGUCAACUACCGUGAGACGUCCGAGUCAUCAGACAACUCCUUGGCCUCCGCCGACAGGACCAAGGUUAAACCCCGCGGCAGACCACGUAAAGAGCGUCUCUCCAGCGACUACAGUGAUGCAUCACCUUCUUCCAGAGACUCUGAGGAUGAUGACGAUUAUGGAUACGAAGAGGAAGAUGACCCAAGACGGAGAGUGAGCAGGAGGAGAAGAGUGGAACAAGACCUCCGGAGAAACAGGACAAGAGGGAAGCAGAGGAGAAAUGAAGAUGAUGAGGACGACGGUGGAACUGAGAGGAGACUGUCAGAGAAGGAGGAGGACAAAGACAGGCGGAGAAGGAUAAAGAGGACGCACAGAGAAGAGGAGGACUUGGAGAACAUGGGCAGAGGGAAGAGGAGAGAGAUCCUGUCGCAGCAGCGGCGCAGACGCCUCGCUCAGAUGCUGAAGAAACGCCGGCCUUCGACGGACGAUGAGGAAGAUUCAGAGGAGUCAUCAUCAGAGGAGGACAGGCCAGUCCGCAAAAGACUCAACCGCAUCGACUCUGAUGAUGAAGAUGAGGAGGAAGAGCAGGGACGUCAAAAGGCUAAAAAGCCUUCAGCGACAGAGAGGAGGGCCAACAGUGAUGCUCAGGAAAAGGGGAGGGGCCAUAGCCUGUCUCCGUCAAACGGACAUCGGACCUCCAGGGGAUCCAUGAAGCCUGGGGCUGGAAAUCCUGCUGUGCCCAGGGACAGAGCAGGAUCAGCCAGGCAGGGCAGGCACAACGGGCCCUCGCAUCUAGAGGAGCAGGAGAAUGAAGAAGAAGAGGAGGUGGAGGAUGAGGAGGAGGAGGACGAAGAGGAAGAGGAGGAGGAGGAGGAGGAGGGGCAGACAGACUCAUCGGACUCUGUCCAGAACAGUCCACAGUCGUGAUGGCUGUGUGAACAACACUCGCUUGUUAGUUUCAGUUUUUCUUCGACCUGUCAGGCCUUUCACCCACAGACACCUGGAGAUCGGACCUCUCUCUCUCCUCCACCUCCCCCUCUUCGCCCUCCUGCUCCCCCGUCUUGCGCUUCCUCCUCGCUGUUGUAUCGUGGUAGAGUGCCAUCUGUUUGUCACAGCAGAAACUCAGUCAUCGUCACAGCCAGCUGGACCAAAUCAUCUCAUCGCAGGACUGGCUGCACUUCCUGUUUCGGUGGACACGCAGCUGGAGGUUAUUGUGACCCAAACUCUCAGCGUGUUUCCGGUGGGUCCACGAGGCAGGACGGUGGUAGAUUCAUCCCAUCGGGGCCUCUGUAGUGUGCCUCAUCCUAAAGCACCUGAUCCUUGUCUUAGCACUUAACACCCUGCCACCACAGAGUGCGAGUGUCAAACCGAACACCUGACCUGACGCUUAGAGAGACUGAUUGGAUCCCCUGGUUUCUCACGUCUCCCCAUGAGGAUGUUUGGUUUGUCCAUUUCUGGCGUUUUGUCUUUCUGCCUCCAGCACAGUGGAAGUGAACUGAGCUGUGUUUGUGGUCUUCACCGGUGCAGUUUCAGUGUUUUCAUCGUUAUGUUCCUGUACUGAAAUAUUACCCAGCAGCCUGUGGGUUAAGGUGUUCACCCACAAACUAUCCACAGUUUGACUCCCAGAUGAGGGACAUUUGGCACACGUCAUAUUCCCCCGCUCCCAAACGCUGACUGUUUAAAAAAAAUGAAUCCACAAAGUCAGUUGUCAGA